UACCUGCACGACAACAUCGUGGAUUACGCACAGAGGCUGUCCGAGACCCUACCGGAGAAGCUCUGUGUGUUUUAUUUCCUGAAUUCUGGGUCUAACAUCACCUGUCCAAAAGACAUCAGGAGUUGAUCGUCGGGCUUCCCUGGUGGCGCAGCGGUUAAGAAUCCGCCUGCCAAUGCAGGGGACACGGCUUCUAUCCCUGGUCCGGGAAGAUCCCACAUGCCGCGGAGCGACUAACCCCAUGAGCCACAACUACUGAGCCUGUGCUCUAGAGCCCACGAGCCACAAAUACUGAGCCCGCGUGCUGCAACUGCUGAAGCCCGCACGCCUAGAGCCCAUGCUCCGCAACAAGAGAAGCCACCGCAAUGAGAAGCCCGCGCACCACAACAAAGAGUAGCCCCCGCUUGCUGCAACUAGAGAAAGCCCGUGCGCAGCAACGAAGACCCAAUGCAGCUAAAAAUAAACAAAUAAAAUAAAUUUAUUUUUUAAAAAAAGAAAAGAAAGAGUUGUCUUCACUAACACCUGGUGUGGGACCAUGGCACUGGCUCUCCCUGACAUUCUCAGGCACCUACCCCAGACUUUCCCAAGAAGACCGGCCCUCCCUCACCCUAUCUGUCCUGGCAAAUGGCAGCACCGUCUGCGCCUCUGCUCAAGGUCAGAAGCCAACGACCUGGCCCUGAGGCUGGCGCGCCAAUACACAGGACACUGGGACGUGGUGGUAUUAGAUCAUGCUUAUCAUGGUCACCUGAGCUCCCUGAUCGACAUCAGCCCCUACAAGUUCCGGGACCUGGAUGGCCAGAAGGAGUGGGUCCACGUGGCACCUCUCCCAGACACCUACCGGGGCCCCUACCGGGAGGACCACCCCAAUCCAGCUGUGGCCUAUGCCAGCGAGGUGAAACGUGUGGUCGGCAGUGCACAGGAGAAGGGCAGGAAGAUUGCAGCGUUCUUUGCUGAGUCUCUGCCCAGUGUGGGAGGGCAGAUCAUUCCCCCUGCGGGCUACUUCCCAGAAGUGGCAGGGCACAUCCGCAGGGCCGGAGGGGUCUUUGUUGCAGACGAGAUUCAAGUGGGCUUUGGCCGAGUAGGCAAGCACUUCUGGGCCUUCCAGCUGCAGGGGGAAGACUUUGUCCCCGACAUUGUCACCAUGGGCAAGUCCAUUGGCAAUGGCCACCCUGUAGCCUGUGUGGCCACAACACAAGCUGUGGCGAGGGCAUUUGAAGCCACCGGCGUCGAGUACUUCAACACGUUUGGGGGCAGCCCAGUGUCCUGUGCUGUAGGGCUGGCCGUCCUGGAUGUCUUGGAGAAGGAGCAGCUGCAGGCUCAUGCUGCCUCUGUGGGCAGCUUCCUAAUGGAGCUCCUUGGACAGCAGAAAGCCAAACAUCCCAUCCUUGGGGACAUCAGGGGCGUUGGGCUCUUCAUUGGUGUGGAUCUGAUCAAAGAUGAGGCCACAAGGAUGCCAGCAACUGAAGAGGCUGACUAUGUGGUGUCCAGGCUGAAAGAAAACUACAUUUUGUUGAGCACCGAUGGCCCCGGGAGGAAUGUCCUGAAGUUCAAGCCCCCGAUGUGUUUCAGCUUGGACAACGCACAACACGUGGUAGCAAAGCUGGAUGCCAUCCUGACAGACAUGGAAGAGAAAGUGAGAAGUUGUGAGACACUGAGGCUCCAGCCCUGAGGCAGCUCUGCUGAGGGGUGUCCUCUAGGUUCACACUGUCUUUGCUGGGAGAGAGAAUCCCACUUCCAAUGGCAAGUCAAGACAGGUGUUCCAAGGUGCUCCAGAUUCGAACUGCCCUGGGGCAGUGUCCCCACUGAGGGUGGUAACCCUCAUUGUACUUCAUCCCCUUGAAUAGCUGCCCAAUAUCUGAGCCACUCCACUUUCUUUAAAGGGGCACAAGUCCUAGGCAGGGCCAAGUCAUUAAAAGAAACUAACCAAA